AUGACAAACAUUAGUGUUACAGAUAUAAAUGACUUUACUUCUAACGAUAUCAUCAAAACAAUUAACUACUAUCUGAACGACUACUGGCUCCAGGAGUGCGACCCGCGUACCCGUGACUACUGGCUGGCCAGAGAUGGACCGCAAUGGUUGGCCGUCGUAAUGUUUUCGUGGCUCUUAUUUGUCACCCGAAUCGGUCCGCAUCUGAUGGCCAACCGUAAGCCGUUCGAGUUGCGCACAGUUAUGUUUGCCUACAACGUAUUCAUGGUGCUCAGUAACGCCUACUUUUUUCUACUGUCCAUCCGAUGGCUCGGCUACGGUCGCCGUCUAUUUGAGUUUGAGUUUCCGUCUGCGGCGGACAAGUCGGCCGGCACUUUGCAGCAAAUCGACGAAACAGUACUCUACGCGUACACCAAAUUUGUUGACUUAGUGGACACCGUUUUCUUUGUGCUUCGCAAAAAACACUCCCACCUGACAUUCCUUCAUCUGUACCAUCAUUUUAUGGUACCUGUGCUCGGCUGGGCGGCCAUCAAACUUGGUCCCACUUGUCAGCCGUUAGCCGUAUUUGCUAUACUCAAUACACUUGUCCACACUAUUAUGUACUCAUACUAUGCUCUCAGCGCAUUCGGCCCAUCAGUUCAGCCCUAUCUCUGGUGGAAACGGUACAUAACUCUCAUACAGAUCACACAAUUUGUACUAUUUGUUAGCUACGGUUUGGUUAGCGCCUACCUGAGCACUGGUUGGCCGCGCGGUCUCUAUUGGAUCGGUUGGAUACAGAAUCCACUAUUUUUGAUGCUAUUCCUCAACUUUUAUCGCCAGUCUUACAAUAAAUGCAAUCGUAAUAAUCAUAAAACACAUAUUAAUAGUAAACUCUGUAACUGA